AUCUGAAAUAAAAUUUUUCUCUGUGAUCCUUACCAAAAUAAACAAUAACAACCUGUGAGGCCUCAUAAGUGCAGAGUUAGCGCUGAGCUAUGAGCUGGUUUUUGUUACUCCUUUUGUUGGCGGCUUCAAUAGCUGCACAUGCCGCGCAGCCAAACAUUCUGUUCAUACUCACAGAUGACCAAGAUGUGACUGCUCACUCGCUGGACUAUAUGAAACAGCUACAGAGUAUCCUUAGAGAUGGUGGAACUGAAUAUCUAAACUACUUCGUACCUACCGGGCUGUGUUGCCCUAGCCGCUCCUCACUAAUAUCGGGUCAGUUCUGCCACAAUACUGGCAUCUGGGACAAUGGCGACCUCAACAACAAGACGCAUUUGAGCGGUGGCUUGAAAAAAAUUAUCGAGACAGGGCUGGAAAAAGUAACCAUUUCUACUCAGUUGAAAGAAGCUGGUUACGAGACGUACCUUGUAGGAAAGUAUAUGAAUGGUUAUGACGAUGGACAAGCAAGCCAUGUACCGCCUGGUUGGGAUCAUUGGUAUGGUAUGACCGAUACUGCAUACUAUGGAAGUCAUUUUUCAGUCAAUGGGAAGCUUUUGAAAACUUCAAAGGAAACUUAUCAAACAGAUUUUAUCGGUGAAACAGUGGCAAAUUUUCUGCAGGGUCGUAAAGAUCGCAAAGAUGUAAAGCCUUUCUUCAUGUAUGUUUCACCAUUUGCCCCACAUUCCCCUUCUCUACCAGCUAAACGACACGCCUCUUUGUUCUCAAACCUGUCAGCCCCUCGGUACCCUUCCUACAACCCUUUAGACAACAUACAGAACCAGAAACCAUCAUGGAUCAAAACUCUGCCCGAGCUAGAUCAAACACAACUCAGCUCUAUUGAUGAGUUUUAUCGUAAUCGCCUGAGAGCUUUACAGGCUAUUGAUGAAAUGCUACUAAAUCUAACCACUCUUCUAGACAAGCAAGGACAGUUGGAAAAUACGUUCAUCUUUUAUAUGGGUGACAAUGGACAGCAUCUUGGCGACUUCAGAUUACCUGCUGGAAAGCGCCAAGCUUACGAUACUGAUGUACGAGUACCAUUCUUGGUACGAGGACCAGGCGUUCCAAAAGGAGGUAGAGUGACAGAAAUUGUUAUGAGUGUGGACUUAUUUCCGACUUGGACGGAGCUAGCUAAUGGGGAAAUACCUAAUGAUCACGUUGUUGACGGUCAAAGCUUUACAUCACUCCUCUCUGGCAAAGUGAGCAUGCAACCUGAGAUAAACACAUUUCGUUCUGUAGCUCUUACUGAGCUUUUUGGGGGGUCGUCAAAUAUGGGACAACGUUACCACGGAAUGCCUGGCUAUGAGCGUAACAGGUUUUGGAAUAAUACGUACCAGUCUGUACGAAUCAUUAACGGCAGUGACUGGGCUGCGCAUGCCAACUGGAUGUACACUGAAUGGUGCACGGAGGAGAGAGAGUUUUACAAUCUCACUGACGAUCCUCAUGAGAUAAACAACCUGGUUAAAAAGAUGGAUCCCAUGCUAAUACAAAAACUGUCUACUCUACUAGCUAGCUUGGCCAACUGUACAGGGAGUGCUUGUUGGAAGAUUGACUAUGGUCGCAUUACAGAGCAAGCUAGUCAGACUAUAAACUACAGUGGAAAGCUUCACUGCUUUAAUCCACCGGAUAUGCCAGGAGAUAGAAGUAAUGACGAAGAGUCAGAAACUGACUACUGCUCUGGUAUGUAUAGAUAUGGAUUUCCAUUUGCCGAUAGUGACGAAGUGUCAGCUGAUAUUCUGGAGCAAUGGAAUGUGUGUGAACGUCUAUAGACAAGACUCCUUGAAUCUAGCUUUUAUGAUGAUUUAGUUAAGUUUCCAGAAAAGUACUUUAUAGUUUUUUUUUUCUAUAAUUAUGUUAGAUCAGUACUGUAGUUUUGCAUCAUACUGAUUUAUGAAUGCAUGUGCAAAAAAUA